AAGAUAAUGAACAAGUACUGAAACAUCCAGCAAGCAACACACAUCGUAAACAUGAAAGUGACUCUUGGUGCCGUCGUUUUGCUUGCGCUCGUCGCGAUUGCUUGGGGAAGACCCCAGUGCGGUCCUAAUGAGGUUCACACAAGCUGUGGUAGUGUGUGCGAUCCAACCUGUGCUAAUAAACAUCCUUCCGGAGCUUGCACACUGCAGUGCGUGAUUGGAUGCGUUUGCAAGAAAGGAUUUUUGAAGAACGGACAGGGACAGUGUGUUCCUCCCCAUGCAUGUUAAAUGUAGCGUGUUUAUUAUUCACUAUAUAUUGUUACUGGUAGAGAAAUUUGCACGAUUUAUAAAUGGAAAAACGAAUGGAAGUAAUAAUACUUAAUUAAUAAAUGAAAAAACAAAUAAA